UGAGUUUUCUAGUCAGCUGCUUUUUUAGCCCUGGUCAAUCAAGCUCACAUGAUUAGCUGAUAGUUCUCAUUUUAAUCAGUCUGAGCAGUUUCUUCCUGCUCCCCAUUUUUGCUUUUACUCUUCAAUAAUUUUUGAUCGCCUUUUUUUUUUUUUUUUCUUUUUACAAAUUUCGAAAACCUUUUGGGAUUCUAGACCAAUGGCUCCAAAAAAGGAAAGCAGGGGCAACCAUUCAUUUGAUGCUGAUGGCAUUAUAAAUAAUUUCUGUGGCUUGACAGAGGGGCAGAAUGCAGACUUGUCAGAAGACGACAAUAGAAACAAACUAGCUUACAGUGUAACUGAUGUACCACCAUGGUACCUGUGCAUCAUCCUGGGAAUUCAGCACUUUCUUACUGCGUUUGGAGGAAUCCUCGCCAUCCCGCUUAUCCUGUCUCAGAGUCUGUGUCUGCAACAUGAUGGACUCACUCAGAGCCACCUGAUUAGCACCAUGUUCUUUGUUUCAGGAAUAUGCACCUUAUUGCAGGUCACCUUGGGUAUCAGGUUGCCUAUUCUUCAAGGUGGGACGUUUACUCUUCUAGCACCCACAACAUCCUUGCUGUCCAUGCCAGAUUGGGUAUGUCCUGCCUGGACCCAGAAUGCCACCCUGGUCAACACAUCCUCCCCUGAGUUCAUCCAGGUCUGGCAAAGUCGCAUACAGGUGAUUCAGGGAUCCAUCAUGGUGGGCUCCCUGUUCCGUCUGGUGGGAUUCUCUGGUCUAAUUGGUCUGUUUAUGCGAUUCAUUGGUCCCCUGACAAUUGCACCCACCAUCUCACUUAUAGGCCUUUCUUUGUUUGAUUCUACUGGAAUGAAUGCAGGAAACCACUGGGGAAUCUCAGCCAUGACAACAUGUUUAAUUGUGAUGUUUUCCCAGUAUCUCCAUCACAUUGCCAUUCCUUUCCCUGCAUACAGCAAGACCAAAAAGUUUCACAUCCGCAAGAUAAACAUCUUUCAGAUUCUUCCGGUCCUCCUGGGCAUUACUGUUUCAUGGUUGAUCUGUUACCUUCUGACUCUCUAUAAUGUCCUCCCAUCUGAUCCGAAGCGUUAUGGGUAUCUUGCUCGCACAGACAUUAAAAAAGAUGUAAUGGUAAAUGCACCUUGGUUCAGGUUCCCAUAUCCAGGUCAGUGGGGUUUGCCCACUGUGAGCCUGGCAGGGGUGUUAGGAAUCCUGGCAGGAGUUAUAUCCUCUAUGAUUGAGUCAAUAGGUGACUAUUAUGCUUGUGCCAAGUUAAGUGGUGCUCCACCUCCACCCAGACAUGCAAUCAACAGGGGGAUUGGGAUUGAAGGCCUUGGCUGCCUGUUGGCUGGAGCAUGGGGGACGGGAAAUGGUACCACUUCCUAUAGUGAGAAUGUAGGUGCACUGGGCAUCACUAAGGUUGGUAGCCGCAUUGUGAUUGUUGCCAGUGGUGUCAUCAUGAUCAUUAUGGGGUUGUUUGGAAAAAUCGGAGCCAUGUUUAGUACGAUCCCGACACCAGUCAUUGGAGGGAUGCUUUUAGUUAUGUUUGGCAUCAUAACUGCAGUCGGGGUGCAAAAUCUACAGUAUGCAGAUAUGAACUCUUCUCGUAACAUCUUUAUCUUCGGCUUCUCGAUGUUUACGGGGCUUGUCAUUCCAAACUGGAUAAUAAAAAAUCCUGAUGCCUUAAACACAGGAAUUGUGGAACUGGAUCAAGUUUUCCAGGUUCUUUUAACAACCAGCAUGUUUGUUGGAGGAUUUUUUGGAUUUAUUCUAGAUAACACAAUCCCAGGAACAAAACAUGAGCGAGGCAUGACUGUGUGGAACAAGGUGAAUGAAGAAGAGUCUGAGAACACUGCAGAAAGUGAGGAGGUCUACAACCUUCCCUGUAACAUCAGUUCUUACUUUGCCUCCUACUCCUGGGUUAGAUAUAUACCUUUUUGCCCCUCACAUAAAGCCAGACCACGUAAUGACUCAUCCAAUAGCUCUGUUCUCUCAAAAAAGUGCAAUGAUGACUCGCAUAUCAUAGUAGCAGUUGCACUGUAAUAGCGACUCUUAAUGAAAAAUUGUUUAGAAGGACCACCACAUUUUUUGUUAAAUAAUGUUUUAAUAUCCCAGUGUGGAUUUAAACUGUGAAAGUUAAAGUCACUGUAAAAUGUUAUAUGUUCAGAACUUAGGUGAGCUGAGGCAGCUGUUUAUGAUUUGGAUGUAUUUAUUUUAUAUCUGAACCAAUUUUCCAGAUGAUCUUGAAUGUUAUAUUGUAACCAUAUUAUAUUUUAUGAUAUUUUGAAUGUAGCAUUGCUCUGAAGAACUGUGGUUUUGCAUUAGUUUGUGCUUCAAUAAACCAAAAUAGUACAGACCUUUUCUUGUAAACUACAGUCUUAGAAUUAUGUGAUGUUAAAUUGUAAUUAUUUGCAAAGAUUUUAAUUUGAAUGUUAUUAUUUAAAAAUUGUAUGACAUGAAUCUGAAUUUUGAACUGAAAUAGUAUUUCUAAAAUCUGAAUGUAAAUUAAAAAGUAUUAAGUAUAUUAAUUAUGUAGAAAAUUAUGAAGCAUUCAAUCUAUCGGUUGAUUCACAUUAAGCAACUGAACACAGAAACCCUUUUUUCUGUUCAAAAUGAGGCAUUUUGCAUUUUUCUAAAUGUAUUUGUUCAUAAUUAAGAAUGAAAUUUCAAAACUAACCAUAAAACCUGAAUUAAAUUAA